AUGUCGUACCAUCAAAACAACGCUCCGGUGAGAGCAAAUCCUCCCCAUUCCGACUAUGAGUUGAUUGACAUCGAUCCACAUUUCCUGAGAGUGGUCUCGUACUUCAGAACCUCGGAUUACGGUUUAUGGGCUGCUACAACUGUCGGGUUUCCAUUGGCUUUGCAAGCUUGGGAAAAAUUGGAGCCUGCUGCAGGUGCGUUCAAAGUGCCAGGAAAAGUGCCAGGAGGUGCCUUGAGAGCCGCCGGACUCUUGGGAUGUAUAGGUGGAUUUUACUUGGCAUAUGUGAGAUCCAGUAAACGAUUCUUAGGAUGGAGUGAGAACAGUGCCGAAGUUAAAAGAGACCGUUAUGAGAUCAAAAAGUUGUUGUCGCAGGAGAAAUUGCCCUACCAUGAAAACAAAUCCGUUCUUGAUGACAGACUCAAGGAUAUUGCCAACCGAAACUCGCAGUUUUCAUUCACCACCAUGGCCAUUUUCCCAUGGUUCAAUUUGGCUCACCACCCAUACCAUGGUGUCAACAUUCAAAAAUACUAUGAAGUGAGAGACGGAGAGGAAGACUGGGGGUUUCAAUUGAAGCCAUUUGACGAGAUCAAGGCCAAGUACGCUAACAAUAUCGAGUAG